GUGUGUUGGGACUAAGUCUGCUCUAUCAUGCCACUCAUCAAGAUACAUGACUGCAGUGUACAGUGGGAGUGUCCGAUGUGCAAACAACAGUUCAGCAAUGUGUUGGCUCUUCGCAGUCAUGUUCACUCUCAUGCUAUCGACGACGGCUUGUACCAUUGCCCCCACUGUGAAAAGGAGUUUGAGGAGUUACAGUGGCAUACGCAAACACAUCCGAGCUUUCCACUCUGUGCCCAAGUACGUGUGCCAGGACUGUGGAAAAACGGUUUCCCACCCAGGACAAGUUACGCAUGCAUUCUGCUCAAGCACUCAGACCAUCGGGAGUUCCUGUGUGCAGACUGCGGUAAACAAUUCAAGCGCAAGGACAAGCUCAAGGAACACAUGAAGCGAUUGCACUCAAGUGACAUUGUUUCCUGACAAGCUCCCAGACAAAAAAAUCAUGUCAAAAAUGGUGGUAAGAAAAAUUUGGUUUGUAAACACUAAUUUAUUUUAGUUAGAGAAUUCAUAUUUUUUACGUCAUGAUAGAACAUGUCAAAACUAUUACGUUGUGUGAGCACAGAUUUUAUAGUUUUAUAAGAUUUGUCACUUGAUCAGCUAUCA